AUGUUGCCAAUGUAUAACUCUCCACUAACGAACCAUGGCGUGUUGCAAGCCAAUCGACUUGGUACUCAUCUUGCAGCUUCAAAAGUCUCCAAUAUAUUCUCUUCCGAUCUUCAACGAGCUGUAAAGACCGCAGAGGCCAUUCGUACUGCUCAGGACAAUGGCACUUCUCUCGAGGUGACAAAGCUUGAGCUCCUUCGAGAACAAGACUUUGGUCAUUACGAAAAGAAACCAUUUCAUGAACGUUCGAAGGAUUCAAACAAAACUGGCAAGGAAAUACAUUAUGAGGCACAUCGAGGUGAUCCUGGAUUCAAAGAUGUAGAGUCGAAGGAAUCGAUGAAGAGGCGGAUGGAGACAUUCGUCAAAGAGCAUUUGAUGCACCUCCUCGAAAUCAAUGACAGCAAUCUUAAUGGUGAUACCAUCGUCACCGUGGCUCAUGGUAUUAUUCUAGGUCAUCUAUGGCGAGUUAUUUUAAGGCAAUUCAAUCCAAAGAAUGUCUCGGUUGGUCCAGAUGUUCCAUAUCCUGAACGGGGACUGGAAUAUAUUGGUGGUUGGUCCAAUACUGGCUACUUAGAAUUGGUUAUCAAGUCUAUUCCGGAUGUGUCGCCUGCCAAAGUUGGCUUGGACCCCCUGGUAUCGGAUGAACAAUCAAAUGAUCCAACCUCAGUGAAACUAUCAAACCAUAAUUUUGACAAUUUUGAGGUCAUCAUGUCACUCAUGGUAAAGUCUGUUAAUAAUCAGGAUCAUCUCAAAGGGCUCAAGAAAACCAGAGGUGGAUUGGGAAGUCUGAAACAUGAUUCUUCUCAAAGAACUAUGGAUUCAUUCUUCAAGAAGAGGAAGCUUGAAUGA